GCAGGGUCUCGGGGUAGUCAUGGCGUCCCCAUCUCGGAGACUGCAGACCAAGCCAGUCAUUACUUGUUUCAAAAGCGUUCUCUUGAUCUACACUUUCAUCUUUUGGAUCACUGGUGUUAUCCUUCUUGCCGUUGGCAUUUGGGGCAAGGUGAGCCUGGAAAAUUAUUUUUCCCUCUUAAAUGAGAAGGCCACCAAUGUGCCUUUUGUGCUCAUUGGCACAGGCACUGUCAUUAUUCUCUUGGGCACCUUUGGUUGUUUUGCUACCUGCCGAGCCUCAGCAUGGAUGCUGAAACUGUAUGCGAUGUUUCUGACUCUCAUUUUUUUGGUCGAGCUAGUUGCAGCCAUUGUAGGAUUUGUUUUCAGACAUGAGAUUAAGAACAGCUUCAAAAGUAACUACGAAAAUGCUCUGAAGGAGUACAACUCCACAAGAGACUAUAGAAGUGAAGCUGUAGACAAGAUCCAAAGUACGUUGCAUUGCUGUGGGGUCACCAAUUACAGGGAUUGGAAAGGUACAAACUAUUACUCAGAAACAGGAUUUCCCAAGAGCUGCUGUAAACUGGAAGGCUGUUAUCCACAGAGAGAUGCAGAUAAAGUCAACGAAGAGGGUUGUUUCAUAAAGGUAAUGACAACUAUAGAGUCAGAAAUGGGAGUCGUUGCUGGAAUUUCUUUUGGAGUUGCUUGCUUUCAGCUAAUUGGAAUCUUUCUCGCCUACUGCCUCUCUCGUGCCAUAACGAAUAAUCAGUAUGAGAUAGUAUAAUCAGUAUGAACACGGGCUUAUAUCUCUUCAGUUCUAAGGUUACCUUUGUGAGUUAUAACAGCGCCUGGAUGGAGACUGACACAUUAGCCUGAAAAGCUACACCAGUAGACUGAUUCAAUCAAGAUAUUUGUGUAUUGUGUUCUAUGUCCACUUUCUGUCCUAUUCUUACACCCCUGUAUCUCUAAAACACUGGAAGAGCUAGUAAAUUGUACAUGAAAUAAUACUGUGCUUCCAUUGGAUUUUCUUUUCCAGUGUGGGAAUUGUGAGGAGUGCUGUGGAUUUGCUCUCUUCAUAGCAGUGUUCCUGAUGGAAGUUUAACCUCUACAAAUUUGCUGUUGACGUAGUGUGAUUGAAAAUUGGCCUCCUUAAGUGGGCCUCCUAUUAGUCAAGAUUAGCUGGCUUGAUUGUGUAAUCUGCAACAAAAAGGACAAUGUUUCCUUAGUCUCUGAUGGUAGGCAGAGUGGCAUGGUAUACCAUUCCAGCUAGUCAUCACAUGGUGCCCAUCAUUGGCAUUCCUGGGUGGUGGUGCCAGUCUCAGGCUUUGGGUGCAAAGGACAGAGACUAAGAACUGCUACCUGUAUUUUGUGAUACAUCAACUUUCAGCACACAACGUAUGUAUUUUUGUUUCCAAACUAAGGCCUUUAUACUGAUCAGACCUUGUUAUUUGAAAGGUUAUCCUUUAGUGGCAUCAGAACUCUUGUAUUUUCCUUAUAAUUUACUGGAACUUACUUGAUUAACUUUAGCUAGAUUUUCCAGCAAAUAAUACUUCAUAUCAACUGUCAACAUUUUGGUGAAUUUUAAUAGUAUUUGUUUUGUUUUGUACCCUUGAUUAAUAAAUAUAAAUCCUUUACACAAUAAA